AUGGAAUAUGCAAAAACGCGCAAAGGGCCGCUGCCUGGAGGUCGCCAGGGCGCGUCUGGAGCUGGCGCUGGACGCGACAGCAUGCGAACCGCCAGCCGAGCGAGAGGUGCUGCACGACCACCCAUCAGCCCCUCGCAUCCAUCAUCCCCACCAGCUGGCUUGGUGUCGGCAGGGUCUUCGCGGGCCCAGCAAUCGGCACCCGCCACUGGUGGAGUACGCCGCAUGCGAUGGACAACCGAAAUGAAUACUAACGCAUUGCGGGCGUAUUUUAGGGCGAAAGGGGGAGAGAUUGGAGGUUUGGCGUAUCGGGCUAGGAUGCAUCGUCUUUUUGCUGAGCUGGAGCCAUCUUUAACCGUCUCAGAGCAAAACCUGGUAGACCGGGUUCGGUAUAUCUUGCGCUCAAAUAUAUUUGAUGUCGCCAAACUCGAACGACUACGACGUGAGGCUGUUCCCUCAUCGGAUGAAAAUGCUACGGCUGAGGAUGCAGCGCCACAAAUUGCAGAGCAACCCGCAAACGUGAAUGCCGCCGUGAAUACCCCAGUUGUGGUUGAUUCAAACGAUGAUGGAACAGUCGUCCAGGAACUGGAAUUAGAGCAUAUGAGGAGUACAUUGGAAGAGGCGAUUGUGGAAACGUGCAGUACGUAG